AGUUGGCUCCCUGCCUUUAGCGCCCGGAGCCCCAGCUACUCAGAGCCUGAACUUCCGACUUCUGGGACUAAGGCAGCAGCGGGCUGAGCGCUCGGCCACCCCCAGCGUGCGCAGCCCGGGCGGGCUUCGCCCGCUGAGCUUGACCUAGGGUCGGAACCCGUCGGGUUGCACCGCGGCACUCGGGAAGAGUCGACUUCGAGCCUCUCCUCUCCGUCUCCAAAGCGCCCCCACGCCUCCCCACGCUCCCCAUGCACCUGCCGGGCUGUGCGCCUGCCAUGGCCGACGGGAGCUUCUCGCUCGCCGGCCACCUGCUCCGCAGCCCCGGCGGGAGCACCUCGCGAUUGCACAGCAUCGAGGCCAUCCUGGGGUUUACCAAGGACGACGGGAUCCUCGGCACCUUCCCCGCGGAGGGGGGCGCCCGGGGCUCGAAGGAGCGGGAUAGGAGGCUAGGCGCACGGUCCGCCUGCCCCAAGGCGCCCGAAGGAGGUGCCGAACCCUCCACGCCGCCAGCCCCGGCGCCUGUCCCCGAGUACGAAGCCCCUCGCCCUUACUGCCCCAAGGAGCCCGGGGAGGCACGGCCGAGCCCAGGGCUGCCCGUCGGGCCAGCCACCGGCGAAGCGAAACUGUCAGAGGAGGACCAGCCCAAGAAAAAGCAUCGGCGGAACCGCACGACUUUCACCACGUACCAGCUGCAUGAGCUGGAGCGCGCGUUCGAGAAGUCCCACUACCCGGACGUGUACAGCCGCGAGGAGCUGGCCGGCAAGGUCAACCUACCCGAAGUCCGGGUCCAGGUGUGGUUCCAGAACCGACGGGCUAAGUGGCGGAGGCAGGAGAAGCUGGAAGUGUCCUCCAUGAAGCUGCAGGACUCGCCCCUCCUCUCCUUCAGCCGCUCCCCGCCCUCGGCCACGCUGUCGCCUCUCGGGGCGGGCCCGGGCAGCGGAGGCGGGCCGGCGGGGGGCGCGCUGCCGCUGGAGUCCUGGCUCGGGCCGCCGCUGCCGGGCGGGGGCGCCACGGCGCUGCAGAGCCUGCCGGGCUUCGGGCCGCCGGCGCAGAGCCUGCCCGCCAGCUACACGCCGCCGCCGCCGCCCUUCCUCAACUCCCCGCCGCUGGGCCCCGGCCUGCAGCCUCUCGCGCCGCCGCCGCCCUCCUACCCGUGCGGGCCCGGCUUCGGGGACAAGUUCCCGCUGGACGAGGCGGACCCGCGCAACAGCAGCAUCGCGGCGCUGCGCCUGAAAGCCAAGGAGCACAUUCAGGCCAUCGGGAAGCCGUGGCAGGCCCUGUAGGGGCCCUCGGGACCGUCUAGGGAGCCGACCCCGGGCCGAGCGCACCGUACCCGCAUCUUCUCUCCCAGGGACCCCCAACUCGGCCACUCUUUCCCUGUCGCCUGCCAGCCGGCACCCCGCCAGGCAUAGUUCAGGGCCGGGCGCCUGCUCCCGACGCACGCGGAGAAGGGUGACUUUCAGGCCGGAGGAGAGGCCCUCUGGCCGCCUCCACGCACUUCGCGGACCUCAGCCCUGGAGGGCAAGAGGCUGCCGGGCCCCGCCGGCCACGCUGCUCCCAUCCCCGAGGGUGCUGGAGCCUCCAGGCCCAACAGGCUGAAGCUCCUGAACUUGGCGUUCCCAGGAGGCUUGGAGACCCCCAGAUAACCAUAACAGGGAAGAAGGGGAGGUGGAAAAAUAGUUUGAGGAACUUUUGUAUCAGUAGUUUCCAAGUAUUUGAGAGGAGAAUUAAAGACCUGCUUGUUUUGUUUCGAAUCUGUUUAAAGCACGUUCAGGACUUGGGGUGAGGAAUGAAUACGGGGGUACGGGAGGAGGGUGCGCUGAUGGGCAGGGUGGGUCAGGGAAAGCGGAGGACUGCGAUGAAGCUGAGUUCCCUUGUGAAAAUUCUGGGGACACUUCGCUGCCGCAGAGAAUCGUUCCCAUUCGGAAGGCUUCAGCGACCUGGACGCGAGGCGCCCCUCCCUGGAGCGGGCGGGCGCACGUGGGUCCGGAGUGUAUGGAACUAAGGCUCAGCCGCUGGCGCGUUCCCAGUUAACACGCUAGCCCCAUAGUCCAGCAGCGGCUGAUACUUCAAAGUCUGACUUUAAUAGAAAGCGUCAGGACCACCAUCCCUAGGGGGAGAGCCCCUGGCGUCCCCGCUCCCCUAAGAGCUCCUCUCAGUUCACUUUGCAGAUAGAUCUCCGGUUCGGUGCCAGUCCCUGAUACCCAGGGUUGAUGAUUAGCGGUACAAGAACUGAGGCAAAGAGAUGCUUUUCCUUUUCGGAGCGGCGAGACUCUGUUACCUCCCCAACCCACCGCACACCCGCCAACCCAGAGUUCGGUAAAAGGUGCGGCAGGUUAGGUGCCGCUCUAGGACAGUGUCCCGGAGCGCCCUGCUCCACCGCCCCGAGGGCUAAUUCUUGCGGGCUUGCCCUGGACAGUAUCUGCAAUUCUUUGGCUCCGGCUCUAGGGCGGGGAAGGAAUCCCGAAAUCUCAGCCCGCUUCACAAGCUCCUGAGACUCGGGGGAGUCAGGGACUCCCUCCUGAGCGUCCUCGGCAUCCACCGUUGACACUGGAGAUGCACCACCUCCAGCAGGUUGCCCGCCAACAGGUCCUCGGCCCCCGGUCCACCCCACAACCCCGGUCCCUAAGCGUGCCUUCCGAAUGAUGCCGCCAGAGCCUUAAUUAGCGUCAACUGGCUACUGUCUGUUGGUGCUGAGCAAAUUAGCGAAGCUUCCAGUCCCCUUUCCUCGUCUAAAUGAACCCUAUCUCCCUGGAAGGUGGAAAAGAUGAAAUAAGAUCGCCUGUAAAGGCUUUAUGUAAACUACCAAGACCCUGGCAUGACGCAAUAUGCAUUGUAAUCACGGUUCCCGUUUACCCGAAAUAUUCCCUGGCUGUUCUCCGGUUCCUGAAACCGACUUGGGAAAAGGAUGACCACGCCAGGGCUAGGAGUAGGGAACUCUCCUCAUUCAGUCCUUUCUUUGCCGGUCCUAAGAGGCUAUUGUGUAACCAGGGCUGUGUACCCCUAGACCUCCAACGGGUGCCUUGCAUGCAGUAGGCUGAUCAGUAAAAAUUUUCUGAAUAAAUUCUUUUCCCCAAGUGGUCAUAUCUGCACUUUACCUCACAAGGAUGUCUCCCUGGGGGAGAUGGAUGGAAUAGCCCACGUGCUACUACCUCUUAGCAAGA